AUGUCUGACCGCUCUUAUGGACGCAAUGUGUCAAAACAUGACAAGGUUCAUUUUAAGAUCUCCAAGUUCAGCCACUUUCUGCACACAAAAGAAAAGAAAGGGAAGGCAGAAGGGGAAGCAGCAGGCAUCAGUAGUGAGAGCCAGUACCUCAACAAAGGACAGGGUAACAAGGGUUAUAAGGACUCUAAGGAGAAGACACACCGCUGCGCUGUGUGUCGCAAGAGGGUUGGACUGACAGGUAUCGAGUGUCGCUGCGGAGGCCUGUACUGUGGCAUCCACCGAUAUUCAGACAAGCACGACUGCUCGUUUGACUACCGAGAGCUUGGUGCACAAGAGAUCCGGCGCAACAAUCCACGUGUUGUCAGUGAGAAGAUAAAAAGAUAUAAGAGUAUUUGA